AUCUACGCGAAAACCGACGCGAGAUGGCAAUACCGUACAUAAGUUUCUUCGGGUUAUGGCGAAUUACGACAACAGAAAUUGACAUGAACUCUGCGAGCAAGGUUGGUGAGAUUUUCACCGCAGCCGGUGCAGCAUUCAAUAAACUCGGAGAAUUAACUAUGCAGCUACACCCGACGACGGAUUCACCUGCAGGUAAAUGGACUGACGAGGAAAUUGAGAUGCUCCGUCACUCGGUAAAGACCUUCAGUGAAGAUUUGAACAAAAUAAGUGAGCACAUCAAGGGACGAACGGUUUCACAGAUUCGAACAACGCUGAAAAAAAAAGCAUUCGAGGAGGCGGGUGUGCCGAUUAGACAACAGCUUAUGUCCCAGCAACAGUCGGCGCAGCAGUCGACGGUUGUGCAGCAGCAACAAGUAUCAAAACAACAAUCCGGAAACCAAGGGAUGAUGGGUAAAUCGGCGGAAGUAACGUUAAAUAUGUUAAACGCCCCGGAAUCGGAGGUGGACGUUGAAGGACUACCGGAGGAGUGUCAAGUGAAACUUGAGUUUGAGGGUGCGACUGAAGAAGUUGCAUCUUAACGCGAGAGUGGUUCAAGGUGCGACUUUUCCAUAUCCUCGAUCUCUAAGCUUAAGAUAAUGUUAACAUACUGUACGUUUUUUUAGUGUGAUAAGCAACAACAAUGUACAUUCAAUAAGUUAUGUUUUUCAAUAAACUCGUAAAAGCCAUUGUGCGGGUGAUCGAUCGCUGGUGGAUAGAUCAUCCCUCGUACUCGUCA